AUGACAAGUCGGCGCCAACGUCCACAACCCGACCAUCACAUACAAUGUUAUCCUUAUCCAACGGCUAUUUUUUAUGAUGAUUCUUAUCCUGUUACGGAUGACAUCUAUCCUGUUAUGGAUGAGAGUUUUGUUGGCGUUUCUAGCUCUUUGGAUAUUGAAAGUGCCCACCAAAAUCUUUUUCAUCGUGAUGCCCAUAUUGGCUUUCAUUACGAAGAUUCCUCCACAAUUGCCUCAUCGUCUUCUGGACCAAGUUUACGAUCAAAAAGUCAUGGAACUGAACAUGCAAAUAUUAUUACUCCUUUGUCUUCAGACAAUUUGUCUUCUCUGGUAUCAAACUGUCAAGCUAAAGAUCAGCCAAUUAAUGUCCCCUCAAUGAUUCCUGACCAAUAUAAUAUCAUCGAGCGUUUGGCACGUUCAUCAAAGAAAAACCCCUCCUUUACAUCAUGUUGUGCUAAUGGCAAAAUCCAAUUGCCUGCUGCUCCUAACACACCUCAAUUUCUAGAUGAUCUUUUAAAUCCUGACAAAGGUUCAUUGUCCAUCAAAUUCCGGCAUAACAUUCGUGCUUAUAAUUCAAUGUUUGCUUUCACUUCAAUGGGAGCGCAGAUUGAUCAUACUGUCAAUUCUCAACCAGGGCCAUAUAUAUUUAAAAUAAAUGGACAAUGUCAUCAUCUUAUGGGAUCAUUAGUACCAAUUGAUGCUGAAUCACCAAGAUUUGCACAACUAUACAUCUUUGACACAGACAAUGAAAUUGCUAAUCGACUACACCCUUUUAAUAAUGAUAAUUGUCAAUCAUCUUUAGAUGAAAAUGUUGUCAACAAACUUAUUGACAUGCUUGAUUCUUCCAAUGCAUUGGUUAAAUUGUUUCGUCAAGUUAGACAUAGACUUAACAAUGAUGAAUUCCCGAAUUUCAAACUUCGUUUAAUUGGGAAAAGAGAUGGUGACUCAAAGCAAUAUGAUGAUCCUUCCUCUAAUGAUGUAUGUGGUUUAAUUGUUGGCGAUAUUGGAGAAUCACAAACUGAUAGAGAUAUUAUUAUUGAAGGUUAUUCUAGAAAUCUCCGCAGGAUCUCUAAAUUGCAUCCAAAAUUUAUGUCUCUUCAGUAUCCACUCUUAUUUCCUUAUGGUGAAGAUGGCUAUCAUACUGACAUUUUAUUCACAAAUCAAGAGCAUUAUACUCCUUCAAAACGUCAAAAAGUUACAAUGCGAGCAUAUUAUGCUUAUGUCAUUCAAGAAAGAUUAGGAGAUAGUAGUACACUUACCAAAGGCGGAAGACUUUAUCAACAAUUUUUAGUUGAUGCAUUUAUGAAUGUUGAACAAGAACGCCUUGAUUUCAUUCGCUCAAACCAAGAAAAUCUGAGAACUGAAUCUUAUAAAGGUGUCCAAGACGCAGUUUUAAGAGGUGAUGUUAAUGGUUCAAGUACUGGAAAAAUCAUCCUCCCCUCUUCUUUAACUGGAAGCCCUAGAUACAUGAUUAACAAUUAUCAUGAUGCAAUGGCUAUAUGUCGUCAUUAUGGUAAUCCUGACCUUUUUAUUACAUUCACUUGCAAUGUCAAUUGGCCUGAAAUUCAAAGAGAAAUUAAAAAAAGCCGAAAUUAUAAAGCUGAAGACAAACCUGACAUAAUUGGAAGAGUAUUUCGAUACAAACUUAAUGAUAUGAUUUCAUUCAUUAAAUCAGGACAGCCCUUCGGGAAAACAAUUGCUGAUGUUUGUGCUAUUGAAUUCCAAAAAAGAGGCUUGCCGCACACUCAUUUAUUGAUUUGGCUAGCUUCUGAAUACAAAUUUCGAUCACCUCAGGAUGUCGAUUCAGUUAUUUCGGCUGAACUGCCAAACAAAGCAGAUGAUCCUCAUUGCUAUGCAAUUGUUUCAAAAUUUAUGCUGCAUGGUCCAUGCGGAAUUGCUAGCCCAAAAGCCCAAUGUAUGAAGGGAAAUCAAUGUUCAAAAAAAUUCCCUAAAAAGUUUAAGCAAUCAACGGUUUUCGGUGAAAAUGGCUUUGUGUUUUACAAGCGACGAAAUUUCCCUGCGUCAUUUGUUAUGAAAAAUGGAAUUGCUCUCUCUAAUUCCUAUGUUGUCCCAUACAACAAAGAGCUUCUAAUCCGUUAUAAUGCUCAUGUUAAUGUUGAAAUUUGUUGCCAAUCAAUGCUCAUAAAAUAUCUUUUCAAAUAUGUUAGCAAAGGAUCUGAUAGGUGUCGAGCUGUUAUUCAAGGUCAAACAAACGAUGAGAUUCAGGCUUAUCUUAAUUGUAGAUUUGUUUGUCCUUAUGAAGCUGUAUGGCGACUCUUACAAUUUCCAAUCCAUUCAAGAAACCCAGCAGUUGAAAGACUUCAAAUACAUUUGCCAAUGCAACAUUCUGUUGUUUUCUUUGGAAAUCAAAACUUAUCUUCUGUUUUAAGAAAAAAUGGUCUCAAUAAGACAAUGCUCACAGGAUGGUUUGAUCAGAACAAAGAAGAUGUUGAAGCAACACAGUUAUAUUACUCGCAAUUUCCAAACAAAUAUGUUUGGGAUGCUAGGCAGAAAGAAUGGAUUUACAGAACAAGAGGUUUUUCACUUGGACGUAUAACAUAUGUGCAUCCUGCUGCUGGCGAAUUGUAUUUCUUAAAGAUGCUUUUAAAUCAUGUUAAAGGAGCUACAAGCUUUGAAUAUCUACGUUGUGUCUCUGGUAUUGUUUAUCCAACCUUUCAACUCGCCUGCAAAGCACUUGGUCUCCUUGAUGAUGGCAAAGAAUGGGCUGAAGCUUUUUCAGAAGCUGUUUUAACUGCUUCCUCCUCACAACUUAGGCAACUAUUUGUCAGUGUCACUCUAUUUUGUCAAAUUGCUAACCCCCAAGAUUUGCUUGAUCAAUUUUGGCACACAAUGCAUGACGACAUUAGAAUCAAGCUAUCAUCUUUCUCCCCACAUAAUCUUCAUUUCAGUGAUAAUGAACUUAAAAAUUAUGUUCUUUAUGAACUUGAACAACUUUUCAAUGCCUUGGCAACAUCCCUCAAAGACUAUAAUUUACCACUGCCAAAUGAUCGUUUGAUGUCUGAAAUUAGAAAUAAUCUCCUUAGAGAAGAACUCAAUUAUGAUAUUUCUGAACUUCGAAGCAAUAAUGAAGCAUCAAUUUCAUUACUUAACACAUGCCAAAAGAAAAUUUAUGAUCGAGUUAUGGAAUCAAUUUCAAAAAAUCAACAAUCUCUUAUUUUUGUUUACGGGCAUGGUGGCACAGGGAAAACUUUUUUAUGGCAUUCACUUAUUAAUAGUAUUAGAUCAGAAGGGUUAAUUGUUCUUGCUGUUGCAUCAUCAGGAAUCGCAUCUAUUCUGCUCCCUGGUGGUCGCACAGCUCACUCAAGGUUUAAGAUUCCUCUUGCUAUAAAUGAGAACUCAACAUGUGAAAUAAAAAAAAAUACUCAUCUUUCAAGGUUGAUUGAAACGACAACACUUAUUGUAUGGGAUGAAGCUCCUAUGAAUAAUCGCUACUGUUUUGAAACAUUGGAUAGAUCAUUACGUGAUAUAAUGGGCCAAACUGGUCAUUCCAAUCAUAACCAACCUUUCGGUGGGAAAUCUAUUUUACUUGGUGGGGAUUAUCGUCAAAUUCUCCCUGUUAUACCUGGAGGAACAAAAGAAGAUAUUAUUAAUGCUUCCUUAAGUAGUUCACCACUCUGGCCAAAAUUUGAAAUCAUGUUGCUAAAACAAAAUAUGAGAUUGUCAAUUGCUGGUCUUGGUUCAGAUGAAAUCAAUGAAAUUAAAACAUUUGCUAAAUGGAUUCUUAAAAUAGGUGACGGAGACCUUUGUGAUAUACCUUUUUUUGAUGAACUUGAUGAAUCUUUGAUUAAAAUUCCAUGUGAUUUGCAACUACAUACCUCUGGUGAUCCAAUUAAAGCUAUGGUUUCAGCUAUUUAUCCCAGCAUUGAACAACCUGCUCUUGAACCAUUUUACUUUAAAGAAAGAGCUAUUAUCACACCAAAAAACAUUACUGUUACUGAAAUCAAUAAUUUCAUACUUGGAGUUACACAUGGUCCUCAACGCAUUUAUCUUAGCAAUGAUUCUGUUGAUGCAUCUUCCAGUGAUAACGACAAUAUAAACUUAUUAUAUCCAUUGGAAUUUAUAAACCAACUUGAGUUCAGUGGUGUUCCUUCGCACAUUCUUGCUUUGAAAAUAGGAGCGCCAAUUAUGUUGCUGAGGAAUCUGAGUCCAAUGAUAGGCUUAUGUAAUGGAACACGACUAAUCAUCACACAACUUGCUGAUAGAGUUAUUGAAGCUCAAAUUAUAACAGGCUCACACAUUGGUGACCGAAGCGGAGCUAUACAAGGAUCAUCCAAAGCAAGAGAUGCAGAAUUUUUCAGUCUCAACAUAAUCGAAGGUUCCUAUAUUGAGAUUAAAGACUUCUACACCUACGAAAAUCGAGCUGCUAAUAUUGUUGUUGAUCAUGAGGCAAUUAUUGACUUAAAGUCUGAUACCAAGAUAAUGCAUCUUGAUUCUGUUAAACAUGAUGUGCCGCGAUACCAUUUCAACCUCACUGACUUUGCACAUGUCUUAACCAAAGGCAGAGGAUCAAGAGUUCUUACAGAUGUUCUGGGUCGACUUAAAGGAAUCCAGCCAAUUGAAAAGAUAUUAGUUCAAGGUCACAGACUUGAAGAUAAAAAAGAGUUCAUCAUUGAGAAUAUAAGAGGAGAAGAUCUCCGACUUACUUUAUGGGGAGACGUUGCUCGAAGCUUUGAUGAUAAUAUCGUUAAUGCGCAAGAAUCUCCCAUAAUUGUUGUCUUUGCCGGGUUUCGAGUUACAGAAUUCCGAGGUGCAGCAAAUUUAACUGGGACUGCUGCAUCACUUUGGUAUUUCAAUCCAAAUAUUCCAGAAGUUCUGCCAUAUAAGCAAUUGUAA